UUUCAUUCUGAAAUCAAUCAUACAAAACGCGUUAACGAAGACUCAGCUUUUCUUCUACUCUGCGCCUUCGGUUUCUGUGUUGCCGGUAAGGCCAUCCGAAACCUCUGAAAUCUAUCGCGGCGAAGUCCACCAUCUACAGUUUUGUUUCUCCUCUCAUCCUUGUUUGUUGAUUUCUUUUUCGGUUCUUUUCAUCUUUUUUACUUUUUUCCCAAAUUCAUUCAUCUCGCUAUCGAUUGUAUUCAAAAGAAACAAUUAUUGAUUCUGUUUUCAGUUUUGUUUGUUCCGAUUGUUGAUUAGUUGUAUGAAUUGUUGAAAAAUCGAAUCCUUGAGAAUUAGGGUUUCAAAUUUGGGAAUUUCUUCGAUCUUUGAUUAUUGAUUUGAGAGGACUUGUGCUUGUCAAUCCAAUGGCGGCAGGGCGAAAAAGUGUUCUGCGAAGGAGGGAAUCUUACCAAGUUAGUUCCGUCAAGGAAUUCGAUUCGAAUAAGAAUGUCGAAUUGGGUGGUGGAAAAGAGGAGCGUGAGGAAGGUGAGAUCUUUGUUCAACACAGGGAUGGGGGUGAAGUUUUACCCCCUCCGGAGAAGAGGAGGAAGAUUUCUCCGAUUGUGUGGGACAUGGCGGAGAAGGAAGCAGGAAGCAAUGAGGGUGUUUUGAGUGCAUCUUCACCAAAUUCCUUGAACCAGGAUGUGGAUGAAGGAAGUGGUAUGGAAGGAUGGAACAUCAAAAUGUCAAGAUGGGCUUGUGAUGAUGGACUUUCACCGAUGGGCGUUGAUCGGAAACAUAAGAAAGGUCAAGGAAGAUCGGGCCCUGAAAUUGAUGAAUUCCAAAGAGGAAGUUCAGAGAGCACAAUCACUAGAUCAACAGGAAGCUGUGGAAGAGAUCAUAGUGAUGGAGAUCGUGAUUUGGGGCAUUCUCCUGCUGAUACAGACUCUGAAAAGGGGUUCCUUGAUGAUGACUCCAUGGACGAUGAUGUUGAGGAACGAAGUGACGUAAGUGAUUCUCCGUCUGAUUCUCAUGAAGAUGGUGGUUUAAUACAUGGGCAGAGAAAUAUUAACAUGCUUCAGAGUUGCAGGAGUGUGUGUGAGUUUGAGAUGAUUAAGAAAAUCAAUGAAGGUACUUAUGGUGUUGUCUAUAAAGCUAGGGAUAAGAAGACUGGAGAAAUAGUAGCAUUGAAGAAGGUGAAGAUGAACAUUCACAGGGAUGGCUUUCCAAUGUCUUCCUUGAGGGAAAUUAAUAUUCUCUUGUCUUGCAACCAUCCCUCCAUUGUAGAUGUUAAAGAAGUAGUUGUGGAUGAUUAUGAUGGUACUUUUAUGGUAAUGGAGCACAUGGAGUAUGAUCUCAAAGGAGUCAUGGAGGUAAGGAAGCAACCUUUUAGUAUAGGUGAAAUAAAAUCCUUGAUGCAGCAACUUCUGGAAGGUGUCAAGUAUCUCCAUGAUAAUUGGGUUCUCCAUAGGGAUUUGAAGACAUCAAACAUUCUGCUGAACUGCGAAGGGAGGCUGAAAAUUUGUGACAUGGGGUUGUCGAGGCAGUAUGGAAGCCCACUGAAGCCAUAUACUCCUGUUGUGGUUACACUAUGGUAUAGAGCUCCUGAACUUCUGUUAGGUGCCAAAGAAUACUCGACAGCAAUUGACAUGUGGUCAGUGGGUUGUAUAAUGGCUGAAUUAGUUGCUAAGGAGGCUCUAUUCAAGGGUAAAACUGAAAUUGAACAACUUGAUAAGAUUUUUCGAACUAUGGGAACACCAAAUGAGAAAAGUUGGCCAGGAUUAUCCAAAUUACCUGGCUAUAAAGCAAAUUUUGUUAAGCAACCAUAUAAUUUGCUAAGGAAGAAAUUUCCAGCAAAAUCUUUCACUGGUUCACCAGUUUUAUCUGAAUUGGGAUUUGACCUGUUGUCGAAGCUUCUAACUUACAACCCUGAAGAGAGGAUAACUGCAGAAGAAGCACUUCUUCAUGAUUGGUUCCGUGAAGCCCCACUUCCCAAAGCUGAUUUCAAGAUUAUUUUUCCUUCUUGGAACUGCUAGGACAGGUACUUCUGUUGGAUGGAUGAAAUACCAAGAACAAUGAUAUUUCCAUUGUUUUCCAAAUUUGUCUUACCCAAGUUAGUACCUCUUUGGAUUUGGGCAUGAAUUCCUGUUCACAUACCCCAGAACUUGGGAUCUCUCAAUCCAGCGAGGUAUAUGUAAAUGAGGCAUUGCACCUCCAUUGCCGUUUGAACCCAGAACCUAACAUGCUCUUAAUCUUUAAGUACUAAGAAUGAUGUAAUUUCACAGGAUAGGGUAAUGAACUUCAUUAGGCAUUUGUUUAUGAUUAUGAUUAAAUUAGAAGCGGCCGAUUGAUGUAUGGGAUGAGCAAUGAAGGUAUGACAUUACUUGUUUUUCUUUUCCUUGCUGAAGUUUCAUGUACCCCUCUUCCAUUAAAAAAUUUGUACAUAUAUUUCAGGAUGUCUCAAAUAAAUGAUGAGUUUUGGCGAUGGUAUUCUCUUAUCCCGUGCUAUCUAUUUUUAAUUUUUCUUUUGGCUGUGCUGUCUAAUUUGGGCCUUCGAGUUAUUAUUAUUGUCCUGCACUUAAUUUUUAAACCAGGAAAUGCUCCUAAGAGUUGAGGUGAAUUGAUUCGCCCAGCAUUGGUAGCUGUUGGAUAUAUGUAAUAAAAUAAGUCAGUACCAGGAAAUUUUCCAUUUGACUUGGUCAACAGGUAUUGAUGUCAAUUUCUGAAUUUGAAGUUGGUCCUUAAAAUUAAAUGAUAGUAUUUGAAAAAAGAUGUAGUUUCAUGUUUUUCGUCUACUCCCUGCUAUGCUCUCCCUCCCCCCUCCCCAUAGUUCUAUGUUCUUCCUUUACUUCCUGCUAUGCUCCCCCCCCCCCCCCCUCAUCCCUUACUAAAUUGGUUUAUGAGUUCUGCAUGCCGGAGAAUUGUGUACAAGGAAGUGAUUGAUACCAUGAUGGCAUGCUUGUGGAGCGGGCAGAUGUCUGACAAGCAUGGCGAUGUCCGCCAACAAGGGUGCUGAAGUGAUAUUAAUGCUCAAAUUCACUUUGUGCCUUCACUGCCAUUGGUGGGUGUUGUCAGUAAUUUGACUAAAUUCAACUUGAGUAGCCAUGUUAUCAGUGGGAUUUAGCUUCUUUUUUUGUUUUGAAAUUUCAGUGUUUGAUGGUCUUUUAUAUCACUUUAGUUACUGAAUGGAUCUUGUUGAGGCUGGUGAAGCCAUAUCGAAGUUCUCUUCUGUUGAUUUAUAGAUACGACAUACAUGUGAAGUAUUUGACAUCAACAUCCACAGCUGGAUCUUAGCUCAAAUCCACCAUGUUAGGAUAGCUGAUUGGUGGCAGAGAGGUUUCUGGAUUUGUUCUGUUGUUGAUGCCAUAUACUGGUAAACUUAACUCGUCGUCCUUAAAAGGUGUAGUCCUUAAUAUUUUAUUUAUAUAAAUAGAAAUAUUUUUAGAGUGUUUUUCCAUUAUAAAAUGUGAGGGCAGUGCAUUUGCUAA